GCGUUUUUCAUUUAAUAGUGUCAUCGCAUAAAAAAGAAAUAAGAGUUAGAAGAAAGCAUAAAGUGCGGCGAGAAGAGGGGUGCAAAAAAAAAAAAAAAAGGAGAAAGAUCUGGCAAUAAUCUAUCUACACGAUCCCCACAAAUCCAGGCUGCAUCAAUUUUCGUAACAAACAAACGCACCCUUCACUUUGUCUACUUUCUACUAUUUCCUUUUACAGUAAAAAACCCUCAACGCAAUUUCAAUUCACUAAAAUCCAAAAUUCCCUCCUUCUUCCUUGCUUCCGUUACAUAGCAACAUCGAAUCCAAUUCCUCAUAAUCAUGGCUGGGUACAGAGCAGAUGAUGAGUACGAUUACUUGUUCAAACUUGUUCUGAUUGGCGAUUCCGGUGUUGGUAAAUCCAAUUUGCUUUCUAGGUUCACUAGGAAUGAGUUCAAUUUGGAAUCUAAAUCCACCAUAGGUGUUGAGUUUGCUACCAAGAGUUUGACUAUUGAUUCCAAAGUUAUCAAGGCUCAGAUUUGGGAUACUGCUGGUCAGGAAAGGUACCGUGCCAUUACUAGUGCCUACUAUCGAGGAGCUGUUGGUGCCUUACUUGUUUAUGAUGUCACACGGCGGGCUACAUUUGAGAACGCUGCCAGGUGGUUGAAAGAGUUGAGAGAUCACACAGACCCCAACAUCGUGGUUAUGCUUAUUGGAAAUAAGUCGGAUCUCCGACACCUUGUUGCUGUCACAACAGAAGAUGGAAAAUCUUUUGCAGAGAGGGAGUCUCUCUACUUCAUGGAGACUUCUGCUUUGGAAGCAACCAAUGUAGAAAAUGCAUUCACUGAGGUUCUUUCUCAGAUAUACCGCAUACUAAGCAAGAAAGCAGUCGAGGCUGGCGAAAGUGGAAGCUCCUCAGCAGUCCCAUCUAAAGGACAGACAAUAAAUGUGAAAGAGGAUUCUUCAGUUUUGAAGAGAUUUGGAUGCUGCUCAAACUAGAUGCUUUGUGUAUGGAAGUUGGUUUGGGUAACGUGUGUCGUCUUGUAAAUGCCUACACGUGAACCUGGAUUUCAACUUGUAGAAAAAGGCCAGUCUUACAUAUAUUGUUUUGGAUAAUGUUUUAAAGCAUCAUCAUUUGCAGGACUUCUUGUUGUUCUUAUAACGGUGUUUCUAAAGUUGUACUUGAAACAAAUAGGACUACCCAAAUUCAUACAGGUCAAGUUUCAUUUGGAGGAUUUUGAUAUUUGCUUUGGUGCAGCAAAUAACAGUUUGAAAUCCUUGUGUUUAGUUUAGUUACAUUGUUAAGACUAUAUCUAGUUAUGAAACUAAGCCCAAUGAUUAACGUGGUCGAGAUAUUGAAUCAAUGAAUCAUUGGUCAAUCAACAAAUUAUUUGUCGAACUGUAUGAAAUAACUAAAAUAAUAUAUAAAUAUUUGUACAAAAUUAUUAGUAUA